GGCACAGCAGGAGAUCAAGGACAUCGAGGAUGGGCUAGAUAAGUUGGAGAACAUGUCCAUGAGGUUGAGACGAGACGAAUACGCCGAAUUCUUUAUAUGAAUGAAUCGAUACGGACCGACGGAGGAUGGAGGAACGAACGAGUCAUACGAUGGAUGGAUGGAUGGAUGAAUGGAUUUGAAUUGAAUGCAACUGAACCAAACGGGGGCAUGCAACACUGGCGUUUGUUUUUAUUUCUUGUUGAAGAUCAGGGAUGCUGCUGUUGCUGUGUUUUCAUUGGGAGGAAUACCAAGUCUUGUUGCUGCUUCGAUGGGUAUGGGGUUCUUUUGCAUGUCGUGCUCUUCCUUUGAUAGUGCUGCACAUAUCAUACUCGAGGGUUGGAAUGGAUUAAUUCUGGGUAGAUGCAUAUUCUACUCUCUUCAUACCAUGCUUUUGGAGGAUGGUUGGCUGUGAUGUUAAGAGGGAGGUAAGUCGUCCGUUGUUAC